AUGAUAACAUUCGGCGCUGCAAACACAUCUACGGCGCAAGAGGAGUCUGGCGACGUGAGAAGUAUUUGUGAGAGCAUCUGCAGCGAUGGAUCGAAUGCGACGGUGCAGCCGAGUGCCUCAAAUCAGAGGCCCCGGAUGGACAUAGCUUGUGUUUUGGACGUUACCCAAACAUUAAACCUUGCGCAUAGAAAAAGAGCAUUAGAAGAAGUGCGACUAGCUGCAGAACUUGUUAAUGCGAAUUUGCACCAUAUUCAUUUUGAAAAACUUGACUUUGGAGAGACGAGUGUGUUGGAUACAUUCUACAAUGCGGAUGUUGCUCUUGUGGAUCUUAGUUUGCAAGUACAGCAAAGCUCUUUACUAUACCACUUGGGUGUGCGAGAGAGUUUUGAUAUGAAGGAAAAUGUUCUGCUUUAUAAUGAUGUCGAUCCAGAUUCUACAUUACGACUUAAGAUAUCUCUUCCAAAUUUUCUAUUUGUGUCAUACAAAUUGACUGAUGUCGGUACAUGUGUGACAACAAACCCAGCAGCCGCUAAGUUCAAAGGUGAUGAAGCUCCUGAUCCAAAACAACAUCUCACAUUAAGACUCAAGAAUAUACUCCAAGAUGUUGAAGUACAAACCAAAGCCCAUCUUCAAGAGAAAUUUCUAUCGGAUCUUCGUAAAGCAAGAGAGACUUACACUGGGGCUGAGUUGGCGAAUGUUCUUCAUGCUAUGAGACGUCGUUUGGAUGACCCGGCAGUACUAUCCGGUGAUACAAUACUAAAUCUUCUGAUAUCAUACAGAGAAAUACAGGAUUAUGACGCCAUAGUCCAUAUAGUAGAUGAUUUGAAGACAAUAAUGAAUAGGAAGAACUAUGUUAAUAUGCCAAUUAUAAGGUUCAUGUAUGCUUUCGCUAUGAAUCGGAGAAACAAAGAAGGCGAUAGGGAGAAUGCUUUAAAGGUUUGCGUGAAGGCUUUGGAGAAAAAGGAGAAUAGAUUUCCAGAUAUGUUAUGUCUCUGUGGCAGAAUAUAUAAAGAUAAGUUUGUAGAAUCUCAACACUCUGACUUAGAAAGUCUUACAAAUGCUAUUCAUUGGUACAGACAGGGAUUUGAAGUUCAACCCAAUGAAUACGCGGGCAUUAAUUUAGCCACACUAUUAGUCAUAGCUGGGAACGAUUUUAAAAAUUCAACAGAGCUACAACACAUAGGUAUAGUCCUGAACCAUUUAAUUGGUAAAAAAGGCAGCUUAUCAUCAUUGAAGGAGUAUUGGGACGUGGCCACGUUCUUUGAGAUAUCAGUACUAGCCCAGGACUAUGUUAAGGCUAUACAGGCAGCGGAGUGUAUGUUUAAAUUGAAACCACCUAACUGGUACCUGAAAUCUACUAUAGGAAAUAUUGAGUUAAUUGAUAGGUUUAGGAAAAAAAGCGAUGAUUCGUCGCCGGAGCAACAAGUCUUCUCGUUCUGGAUGGAAUUUUUCGUGGAGGCAACUAAAUCUACGUGCGAGAAUAUUAUACGGUUUCCCGUCGUUAUAUUGGAAACGACAAAAGUUUAUAUGCCUUCGUACGUGAAUGUCAAUAUGGGAGCCGAACAGAAAUCUGUAGAGAUUUUUAAUCUGUGCCUUGAUUCAAUGCGUGGCGAUUGUAGGCAGGUUCAUCGAUGGCUCUUCACGUCUGACAUGAUACGAACAUAUAGUUUAUACAAGCGAGACGAGCGCUGCCUCUUCCUGUAUGUGAGUGAGAACUCAGAUGAUUUCCAAAUCUUUCUUCCGUCUCACGCCUUCAGACAGCAUCUGUACGAUCUGUUGAACGAACUCACAGCUGAUCAAGAAAAAAUGACGGAUCUGGAUACAAGCAUGAUGCAAGAUCAGCUUAAGUUUGAAUACGAGUUGGAUGACAGUAAUAAGCGUGUAGUACUGGGCAAGGGUACAUACGGUGUGGUGUACGCCGCCAGAGAUCUCAACACACAAGUCAGGAUCGCUGUCAAGGAGAUACCUGAGAGGAAUCUGGGGGAUGUGCAGCCUCUACACGAGGAAAUAUUACUACAUUCACAGCUGAGGCAUAGGAAUAUAGUGCAGUAUCUGGGUUCAAUAUCCGAAGACAAUUACUUCAAGAUCUUUAUGGAACAAGUGCCAGGAGGUUCCCUCUCAGCACUAUUAAGGUCCAAGUGGGGACCACUCAAAGAAAACGAAGCCACUAUAGCAUAUUAUACAAAGCAAAUUCUAGAAGGUUUAAAGUACCUUCAUGAUCAGAAAAUAGUCCAUCGUGAUAUCAAAGGAGAUAAUGUUCUAGUGAACACAUACAGUGGGGUUGUCAAGAUAUCUGAUUUUGGUACAUCCAAACGAUUGGCUGGCUUGUGUCCAUCAACUGAGACCUUCGCUGGCACACUACAAUAUAUGGCACCAGAGGUCAUUGAUAAAGGACAAAGAGGUUAUGGUGCUCCGGCCGACAUUUGGUCACUUGGUUGCACAGUAGUAGAAAUGGCGACCGGCAAUCCACCCUUUAUGGAAUUGGGAUCACCUCAGGCAGCUUUAUUUAAGGUGGGUUAUUACAAAAUGCAUCCUGAAAUACCAAGUGAAUUAUCACUGAAGGCAAAGAACUUUAUACUACGCUGCUUCAUCACCGACCCUGAAAAACGAGCGACGGCCGCUGAAUUAUUGGAAGAUCCGUUCUUAUGCGAGAAGAAAAAAUCAACGAAUCGCGUCGGUAACAGCGUUGACUACAGCCGCAGUAUAUCAGUUCCCGCCGAUAAGAUUCGGACAUCUGUUGCGCAGAAGAAAAUAUCAGAACCUAGUUUACAAGCAACAUUACCAAGCUCACCGGAGAUUGAGGUUAAAACGAUCCGGUCUAACCCGACAAUCACUAGGACGGCGUCGUCAAUGCUGUCGCCGAUACUGAUAUACCCACCGGAUCUAUCAAACAGCAGUACAAUGCCGAAUACACCAUCCACCGAUGAAAUGGACAAUAACGAUACUAUACUCAAUAGAAGAAGUUCAUCCGGAGGGCUUUUGUCGCCUGAGGUGGAUAUGACAAACGUACCUCGAUCCUCCAUCGACAUAGAACACGACGGUUUCUAUCUGCUGAAGAAGGACUCGCAGCGCCGUCUUACUCUAUCACGUGUGUUAGAGCAGGACAGCGAGAAGAUCUGCUCUAAGUGGAUGCUGAGCAUACAACAGGAUUUUGGCAACACUGUACUCACUAUGAAUCACUUGGAGACAUUACGCUGCGCCUUGAAAGAGUACAUCAUGGAUCAAAACAGAAACGUUAUAGAACGUGCUAUAAUAACACUUAAGGAGGAUUUAGAUUUCGACUCCAACGCUAUAAACGAACUUCACUCAGCUAUAUACAUGUUUCAAGAGGCGGUCAAUGUUGUGUUGAGAAUGCACAGUAUUAAACCACACUGGAUGUUUGCCUUGGAUAACUUAGUUAGGAACGCUGUACAAGCGGCGAUUACUGUUUUGUCACCGGAGCUGGGUGCUAACCUAGCCGGUCAGGAGGCUGAGCGUCGUAGUGGACCAGCGGACGCGUCUCCAUCGGCUCUAUCCACUGAGACUUCCACCAGAGAUCCGUUAACACUACAUCAUCUAAGACAGGACAACCACAAAUUACAACAGGAACUAAUUGAGAGUUAUCAACAGUACCAAGCUCUGCUGCGAGCGAUGUUGGACGAACAGAAGUCACAGACGCUGAUAUUAAAAGAAAUCAUAGAAAACAAAACCACAUCAGCUGAUCAGUCAGAUGAACACAUAGAUCCAGUACAGCUGUCAGCCCUCAAGUCGUGGGUGUCUUCAUGCGGGGUCCCCGAGGAGGUGGCUCAAGCCCUCGCCGCUCAAAACUAUCACUUGGACGACCUGCUGCAUCACGCUGAGAGGGAGGAUCUGGCGAGACUUAGACUUAAAGGCGGUGUGGAGUUGCGUCUAUGGCGCGCGAUCCUCGAGCAUCGCGCUCAGAAGAAUCAUUUACGAAGAACGAGCAGCACUGAAACAGAUAUAGACAACACUAUAGUAGUGGUCGAAUGUCAGAAGUGCAAAACACCCCGGUCCGCGACCACGUGCUCGAAUAACCCGACUAUAGUUAUAAGGGAACAGAAGAACGGCGACGAUGUAGCCGAGUAUUACGCCGAGAACGGGGUUGUCAACCUCUGA